AUGUGGUUGUCAACCCGAGUAGAGAAUGUUGAUACAGGUAUUACUACUAAACAAGGUCCUAGUAUUCCUAUAGAAAGUCUAUUUUAUGCAUUUCUAAGACUUGGAAUAUUUUUUGAGAUUAUGUGCUUCACUGGUCUAACUCUGAUUAGUUAUGUAUCUACAGGAUCCUUAAUGCUUAAUUAUCAUUCAUUUCCAGAGAAUAUGCUACAAGGUUCCAUACCAUCAUAUGUAUCCUUAUGCUUCUUUUUAGGACUUAUUGGAGCUGGAAAAUUAAUGGUAUUCCAAAUACUUCUUGCAGAUGACACUUGCUUUGCCCGUGGAUAUGUAACUGGAUCAAAAAUAAUCAAAGUGGCAUCCUUGUUGGAUCUUGUUGGUAAAAUGAUAUGUUUUGUAUUUACAUUACAGCUAGGUGGUACUAGUGAAAAUGCUAUUGAAUUCAAUACUGCAGUAGCUCAAGGUGGAGUUGAAAUAAACUUUUUAACAUUUGGACAAGUACUUAGUGGAAUUGCAUUUAUUUCAUAUGGUUUUGGAUUUUUACUAUUAGAAUUAUUUCAGGAUGAAGGAGUAGGUAAUGUUUAUGGUUAUAUUAACUUCUUUUCUUUUGUAUCUGCUGGUAUUGCGAUUUUGAUAUAUGCCAUUAGUUUCAAGACAUCUGGAGCUAAUUUUGUUGCUUUAGUUGCAUUAAUGGGAGCAUUUAUUUGGGCUAGUUUCUUUGAACCAGCAGUUAAUGAAUUUUCACCAUCACUUGGUGAAACUGAAUUAACAAAUGAUGUUGAGACCCAAGUUGAAAAAUUUACUAGAACUAGCCACUACUAUAAUGUUGAUGAACAACCAGGUUAUACACCCCAAGGUUCAGGCUAUAUGCAAUAG